CUGGACGACACGUAUCAACCGUGUAAAAGCUUUUUGUACACGUCAGCACACGACCCGACGCUUGACCACAACACCGGGCUUGUUGGACCGCUGCUAAUCUGCAGGAAGGGAUAUCUGGACAGUGGAGAGGUACCAUGAUUAUAUGACAGCUAAUAGGUGCCAUGAUUAUAUGACAGCAAAGAGGUGUCACGAUUAUAUGACAUUUAAGAUGUGCCAUGAUUAUAAGACAGUAAAGAGGUUCCAUAUUUAAAUUAGAGCGAAGAUGUGCCCUAAUUAUAUGACAGUAAAGAGGUGCCAUGAUUACAUGACAGGAAAUACAUUGAAGUAAACAUGUAGUACUAAAGUAGUAAUAGUAUUUUUUUUACAUUCGGGAAAUAGAAUUAUGUGCGUGUGUGUGUGUUUUUUUUAAAUUUAUUUAUUUUUUUUAAAACUCUUUGAAGUGAAAGAAAACUGAAUUAAUUAAUUGUACACUUAUUUCCCAGUACAAACCGAAGGCGUUUUUCCUGCUGCUGUCAAUUUUUGACGAGAACCUGUCCUUGUACGCACCACCAACACCACCGUCUGGUCCUGACGCCAGCAGCAUCAUAGCUGCGAACAUGAAGUUC